AUGAGUAAACUUUUACAAAAUAUGCCGUUGCCAUCUACACCUCAAUUCCUGCCACCUUUACCAAAAACAUUGCCACCAAUUCAUCAAAACCAGUCAGCAUUUGCUAAUCCUAUGCCACCUUUAAAUAAUUCCAUUGGGAUGUUGCCAGUAAGUACGAUAAUUAUGGUCGAUACAAAGCUCAAAAGAUAUCCAAUUGUCAUGAAUUGCCCAUUUUGUAAAGAAGUAAUCAAAACUAGCGUCAAGAAAGUUCAUCCAUGCUGGGACUUUUUCUGUUGUUGUUUCUGCUUUGGGAUGAGAUGCAAGAAAAGACACCAUCUCUGCAGCAAAUGUAAAAAUUAUCUUGGAACUUAUGAUGGGUUUUUGUGA